AUGCGCAGGAUUCCAGUGGCGGUUUGGAGGGCGAUUGCUGUGCUGCGCGCUGUGCUGCCACGGGGGAGCUGGUGGGACCUGCAGCAGCUGGCUGGGGGGAAAGCAGCACGCGGAAAAGGGGCUAGUGGUGAUAGCAGUGGGAAAGGGAGCGGCGGUGGGGAUUCGCCAGGCGAGCUGUGGGACGCCAUUCGCAAGCUCUGGCGAGACGCGAGGUGGCAUGUGUUAUGCAUGUUGCCCUUCCCUGUACUCCACCACACCCCUCACGCCUCUCUCCUCCCCCUCAUGUCCUUUCAUCCCUGCUCUCCAUCACCACCACACGGUCUUUCUCCCCCCCCCCACACUGCAUCUUCCCCCCCGUCUCUUUUACCAUACCCAUUCCUUCCAACCUCGUCCCCCCCCCGCAUCACUUGGGCCCGCGCCUCUUCUCACAUUCGCCCCCAAUACCGCUUGAUUUUUUGCCUCCUGCUGUCGGAGGUGACCCUUUUCCCUUUUUUCCCCCCCACCAGCGAUUGGAAAUUCCCUCCUUCUCUCCCCCCACCCUCCUCCUCUCCCUCUCCCUCGCAUCGCUUCCACACCCCCACGUCUGUGCGCCACCAGCUGUCGGAGGUGACCAUCCCGCACUUCCUGGCGGCCACCAUAUUCGCCGCGUCCAACGGGCUCAAACCCCAGUUCGACCGCAACGUGCACCUCCUCAUCACCAUGACUCUCGCCUGCGGACUCUUCAGGUGUGUGCGCAAUGCUGUACCCACAGACAACUUAAGCGACACUGACUUGCCUUCCUCUCCCCUGCGCUCGUCUCACUCUUGUCUUUUUCUUCCGAGCAGUGGGCUGAGGGCCGCUUCUUUCACCAUCCUCAACCUGCAAAUGGUGCGGCGAAUGCGGCUGGCACUAUACGAGACGCUGAUCCGGCAGGACAUUGCCUUCUUUGACGGCCAAUCAGUGGGCGACCUCACGUCCCGCCUCGGCUCCGACUGCCAGGCUGCCGGGCACACUGUGGCCAUUGAUCUCAACAUCAUGCUGCGCAAUGCCUUGCAGGGCAUAGGGGCGUUUGUGUUCCUCAUCCGCCUGAGCUGGCAGAUGGCACUCGUGACGGCUGCGCUCUGUGGCCUCAUGUGGUACCUGCUCAUGGUCUAUGGCAGCUUCUCCCGGCGGAGCUCCAUGGUGGUGCAGGACACUGUGGCAGCCGCCAACGAGGUGGCGGAGGAGACUCUGUCUCUCGCCCGAGUGGUGCGGACGUUUGGCACGGAGAGCAAGGAGGUGAAGAGGUACGAGGUGCCUCUUCAGCGCAUAGUCAAUGUGGGUCUGAGGCGGUCCGUGGCCUAUGGCGUGUGGACGUGCACUGGCAACACCAUCUACAACACCACGCAGGUGCUUGCUCUGAUCAUGGGAGGGGGGGCGGUGAUGGCAGGGCGCAUAACAGCGGAGCAGCUGACGCAGUUCAUUCUGUACGCGGAGUGGGUGGUGCACGCCACGUGGUGGGUGGGCGACCACUGGGCGUCCCUCAUGGACUCGGUGGGCGCCUGCCAUCGCGUGUUCCAGCUGCUCGACCUGCCGCCCUCAGAGCAGCUCACUCAGAACCAUGGCCGAGUGCUGCCGUCGCUGAAAGGCAAGCUGGAGUUCCGCAAUCUCUCCUUCCGCUACCCCACCCGCCCUGAGGCACCGGUGUUGGAUCACAUCAACCUGACCAUCCAACCAGGCGAGCUGGUGGCGCUGGUGGGGCUCAGUGGCAGUGGCAAGAGCACUCUAGUAGGGCUGCUGCAACGCCUCUACGAACCCACAGAGGGGCAGGUGCUUAUAGACGACGUGCCUCUACCAGAGAUUGACAUCGCAUGGCUGAGAAGCCACAUUGGCGUCGUCAGCCAGGAACCCCGUCUCUUCAGCACAGACGUCGCAUCCAACAUCGCUUAUGGAAGCAGAGAGGAAAUUUCCCAAGAAAAAAUCACCCGAGCUGCAACCCAGGCCAACGUCCAUCAAUUUGUUUCAGGGCUGCCCGAGGGCUACGACACAGUGGUGGACAAUGCCCGGUUGAGCGGCGGGCAGAAGCAAAGAAUAGCGAUUGCCCGGGCUUUAGUGCGCGACCCAACCCUGCUGAUUCUGGAUGAAGCUACAAGUGCUCUGGAUGCUGAGAGCGAGCACUACGUACAGAUGGCAUUGGACCAGGCCAUGCAUGACGAUUCGGCAAUGGGAAGGAGAAAACGGACCAUCAUUGUGAUUGCUCAUCGGUUAUCCACGAUUCGCUCCGCAGAUAGAAUAGUGGUCAUGUCCGCAGGCAAGAUUGUCGAGAGUCACGAUCAGCGCAUGAUCAUCCACCUCAUUCACCGCAAGCAACCGGGCGCGGAACCGCCACUCGCGGGAGCCUCCGCCUGCGGCGGCGCCACCAUCGUCACCGCCGCGGCGCACGAGUGCGCGGAUCGGCAGCGCGUUCGCCGCCUGUUACAGUCCCUCCUGGACGAAUGCGCCGCGGAGCUGCUGCCGGCGGUUGACGCCGCGGGGGAGGCACAGGCGCAGGCGCACGCCGCGGAGCGCGAUGGCGGAGCGGUGCACAACGGAGCGGCAGCAACAGCCGUGGAAGAGCCCAAUGUUUUGCUGUCAGAGAGGAAAAAACAACAGCUAGAGAAGCUAGGGCAGCGGCUUAGGUCUUUAAUCGCAUCGCAUAGGGGCGCCGUGCCUCCGCGCCCCGUCCUGAUGCUCUACCCCGGCGCGCCCAAGCGCUUCCUAACGCGCGCGCCCGAACCUCCCCCGUGGGAAGGCGGCGCAGGGGAAGCGGCGGAUGAGGAGGGGCGGAGGGUGCUGGCGUGCGGGCGCACGCGACUGCAGAAGGAAUUGGCGGAGCUGGAUGAAAACGAGGAUGAUGAUAACGAGGAUGACGCGUUUGUGUUCAAUGUGGCGGGGAGAGUGGCAGAGGGGGGAACUCACGGGGGCCUGCGCGGGGCUGCGAAUGGGGGCGCUGGGAAUGGGGACGCUGGGAAUGGGGGAGCUGGGAAUGGGGGAGCUGGGAAUGGGGGAGCUGGGAAUGGGGGAGCUGGGAAUGGGGGAGCUGGGAAUGGGGGAGCUGGGAAUGGGGGAGCUGGGAAUGGGGGAGCUGGGAAUGGGGGAGCUGGGAAUGGGGCUGUUGAGAGGGUGGAGGAUGAGCGAAAGACGAGAGAGAAAGCAGCAUCCUCUGCAACAGUAGCAGCAGGUGGGGGAGGAAAGAAAGAGCAACCAUUGCAGGCACCGGCCAGUGCUGACGCACACGCCCCCUUGCGGCCACCGCAGCCGCAACAGCAGCUGCAUGGACAACAAAAGCAGCAACAGAAGCAGCAGCUGGUGCUGCAACCGCAGCAGGAGGAGGGGGAGGAGGGGGGGGAGGAGAAGACAGAACAGCAGGAGCUUGCACAGCCUGGCGCGCAACAAGCAGAUUCCGCAGGCGGGUCAGGGUGGACCAGCCCCCUGGCCUCUGCUGAUUUCUCCUGGGCUGCACACAUGGCACCUGACGGCUUGUUAGGCAGCAUUGCCAGUGCUGUGGCAGCAGUUGCUUCAGGUUCCUCCACACCCCCUUCACCCUCACCACAAGGCAACACCAGUACACUCCCCCCUGCCCACCCUGCUCCCUCUACCCCCCCACCUACCCCCACUCCUGGUUCUGCCGCCUUUCCCCCCCGUCCUGCCACUCUCACCACUCCUGCUCCCACCAUCACCUCCGCAUCUCCCGGCCCAGCCAACCCUAGCGGGCUCUUCCAAUCAGGCAUCAAUGUGAUAUACGAGUCAGCAGUGGCGUUUUCUACCGAGUAUACCAACACGAUGCGCACGCUCACACACACCACCAGCGCCACCAACGCCAACUGGUCUACCCAGUUCUCCAACAUGGUUACCGCUGCUGCCAUCGCUGCCGGCACCCUGGCCAGCGGCCCUGCUGUUUCAGGAGACGUUUCAGGUGCUGCUUCAGGUGGUGCUGCUGGUGAUGCUGCGGUGGGCAGCAACAGGGGAGCAAACACCGCCUUUCACGCUGCCAGAGCAGGUCUCGGAGGUGAUCCCACUGCACUGGGUAACGCUGGGUUACCUCCGGCACACGGCAGGCCCAGGGAUGGGAAGGUGCGGGGGCGGGUGGGUGACGUGGCGCCGUCAGGGCUGACGUGGGAGGAGGAGAUUGCGUCCCAGCUGGCGUCUGUGGGCGUGGCUGUGUCGUCCUGGGGCCCGGGGGAAGAGGUGCGGGCGGAGAGGGGAGGAGAUGGUGGAGGAGGUGGAGUAGGAGGAGGGGGAAGGGGAGUAGGAGGGAAUGGCGAAGCAGCAGCGAUGGCUAGUAAUGGCGUGUCACUCGCAGCGGCAAAAGUAGGAACAGGAGCGGCAUCAGAGAGAGAAAACACUGCACCUCCAGCAGCCCCUUCAGCAGCGUACCCAACAGCAAGGAGUGGUGGCAGCAGGGCGCGGACUCAGAGCAUGGUGGGACUGGUGGGGGGAGGCAGGGCAGCAGCGGGAGCCAAAGGAGCAGAUGGAGGGGUGGGGGGGCGGGCCACACUAGGCAUAAAUGUGGGGAGGGCAGGGCACAACAGGGCAGCGUCUGUAGCGGCGUCUGUAGCGGGGGCACCACCGCCGUCCCCAGGGAGUGGGAACAAGUUUGGGGGGUUUGGGCUUGGGAGCUUUUUCUCUAAGGGGUGGAGGAAGGCGUUUAACCUGGAGUGA